AUGGCGGCCUCACGGAAAGUACGUAUGCAAGGUCUUCCCGGUACACCGACACACAUGGACAAACUCACUACACAAGGUGCAUCUAUGGAGGACUCGUCGGACAGCGAGGGCGAGGUGGAGCCUUCUAAGCAGUUUACGAGGCGAGUGUCCACAUCGAAGCAAUUACAAAAUAAGCCGUGCAUCAAGGAAGGUUAUCUACAAAAACAGACCAGUUCCUUCCAGAGAUGGCAACGGAGGUAUUUCAAGCUGAGAGGACGAAAACUUUACUAUGCCAAAUUAGAAGCGUCGCUGAUAUUUGAUGAGGUAGACUUAGCUGAGUUUAGCGUCGCUGAGAAUAGUAUAAAAAAUAUUAAUAAUAGUUUUACUGUUAUCACACCGUUCCGUACAUUUGUUUUGAGUGCAGAACAAAGGAAGGACAUGGAGGAAUGGAUCAGUGCGUUGAAAUCCGUCCAAAACAGAGAGUACUACGAGCCAACGAGUGACCAUGUUGAAGUGAUAUCUGGCAUGCAUAAUUGGUAUGCAUGUUCCCAUGCUAGGCCCACAUACUGUAACGUUUGCAGAGAAGCACUAUCGGGAGUCACAUCACAUGGAUUAUCAUGUGAAAUAUGCAAAUUUAAAGCACAUAAACGGUGUGCUGCGAGGGCACAGACAAUUUGUAAAUGGACUACGUUAGCGACAAUAGGUAAAGAAGUGAUCGAAGAUGAAGACGGUAUUGCAAUGCCACAUCAGUGGUUAGAAGGCAAUUUGCCAGUAAGCGCUAAAUGUAUCGUCUGUGAUAAGACGUGUGGUAGCGUUCUACGGCUCCAAGACUGGCGGUGCCUGUGGUGUAAGGUUAUGGUACACAGUCACUGUCUGUCACAAUUCCCAACAAAGUGCCCCUUAGGCCAGUGUCGAGUGUCACUGAUACCCCCCACUGCUCUACACUGCGUAGAUUCUGAUGGCUACUGGGUAGCUCAGAAAGCCAGCUGCAAGAGCCCGCUGCUGGUGUUCGUCAAUUCCAAAAGUGGGGACAAUCAGGGGGUUCGGUUUUUGCGACGUUUUAAACAACUCUUGAAUCCAGCUCAGGUAUUUGACUUGAUGAAUGGAGGUCCACAUUUAGGGCUUCGUCUAUUCCAGAGAUUUGAGACAUUCCGUGUAAUAAUAGCAGGUGGAGAUGGCAGCGUUGGAUGGGUACUUAGUGAAAUUGACAAAAUGGAUCUACAUAAGAAGUGUCAAAUAGGUGUUCUGCCAUUGGGCACUGGCAAUGAUUUGGCUCGUGUACUCGGUUGGGGCACGGUCAUCGACGAUGAUGCGCAGCUCCUAACGAUAUUAGAAAAACUUGAAAGAGCCAAAACUACCAUGCUAGACAGGUGGAGCAUAAUGGUGAAGGAACACCCCGAGCCAUAUCACUAUGAAGUGUCGUCUUCACAUGCUAUUGAGAGGACAGGAUUGGGAACGACGACAGAAGUGGAAGAAGCCAUUGCCGACUACGAAGACUCGGUGGCGGAGCAUCUCACCAAAAUCUUACAAUCCGAUCAACAUUCUGUUGUCAUAUCUUCAGCAAAGGUGCUUUGUGAGACCGUUAAAGAUUUCGUUGCCAAAAUCGGUACUUCAUAUGAUGAUAGUAGUGAGCACGUUUCUGAGGAAGAGACAAUGAAACAGAAAUGUGCAGUUUUAAACGAAAAACUACAAUCACUUCUGAAAACGUUAGAAGAAGAAUCAAAUGCUACGCCACUGCCCGCUAACAUUCCAGUACCUCCCGAGGAAGAAUCUCCAAAGGAGGCCAAUCAUAAUGAAGAGAAAGAAAAAGACGAAGUGGAGGCCGAUGUUGUAGAAAUAGAAGAGGAAGAGUCUAACAUUGAUAAGGAUACCAUGCCGGAGGUGCCAGCCAAGAUAUUCAAACCAAGAGAUGCACUUAUGUGCCGAGCAAACAGCUUGAAAAAAGCUGUCAGACAAAUAAUUGAACAUACAGAAAAAGCGGUUGAUGAACAGAAUGCACAGACUCAGGAACAACACGCUCUUGUGGCGGCCGCCGUUGCUGUGGUGUCGCCAUCUUCCAGUCAUCAGGUCCCCAUCAUCUCAACAACGCCAAGCAUCAACAUCAUCGCAGAUGAGCAGAUCGAAGAGAUAAAGCCAUGUACAAGUGCUAUGGACAAGAUAAGUAUCGCUGACGUGGUGGAGAAAAAUGCCACGAGAGGCGGCAAUAGGUUAACCGUCGGCGGUGGAGAGAUGGCAGCCGCAGCUGAGGCGUCGGGUACAAAGAGUCCUGGUAGUCGGAGUCCUCUUAUGGCUCUGAGAAAGCAUUUCUCUGGUGCUGGAGCAAAAGCAAAAAGUGAGAAGAAGAAAUUAGAAAAGAUGGGUUUAAGUGGUGGUUUAGCUGGUUUAGCUGCUGGUGGUAACUUGAUUAGUAAAGUUCUACUUGCCAAUGCUGAUGCUUUGUGUGCUCCGGCUUCUCCGCUCAUGGACCAAGAUGCAAACGAUGUCGAUGGUUUUGACGAGAGAUACGUCAUGAAUAACUAUUUUGGAAUUGGUCUGGAUGCCAAAAUAGCGUUAGACUUUCACAAUAAAAGAGAAGAGCAUCCUGAGAAAUGCAGGAGUCGGACCAAAUGCAAAACAUGGUAUGGAAUCUUUGCGGGCAAAGAAUUCCUACAGAGAACUUCCAAAAAUUUACAUGAAAGAAUACAGCUUGAGUGUGAUGGACAGAGGAUUCCACUUCCAAGCUUACAGGGUAUAGUAGUUCUCAAUAUACCCAGUUACAUGGGUGGAUACAACUUCUGGGGAGGCAGCAAAACAGAUUCAAAUUUCACAGCACCCUCAUUUGAUGAUAAAAUACUUGAAGUUGUUGCUGUAUACGGUGUGACACAUAUGGCUAUGUCGAGAGUGCUCAGUGUACGUCAUCAUAGGAUAGCGCAGUGUCGUGUUGUGAAGCUGACCAUUCUUGGCGAUGAGGGACUUCCAAUUCAGGUAGAUGGCGAAGCAUGGAUUCAGCCGCCUGGGUUUAUCAAAAUUGUGCACAAGAACAGGGCACAGAUGCUUGUCAGAGACAGGGCAUUUGAGACGACUCUACAGAUGUGGACUGACAAACUACGAGUAGAGAAAGGACAGCCAAUGAACUCUCAGCCAAUCACAGAUAAUGAAGCGUUGGUGUUGACGCCAUUUGCCGAUGCUUCAGCCACUCUAAUUAAAUGUGUUAAGGUGGCAACAUUGAGUCAUAGUACAGUGGAGCAGGAACUGUCAUGUCACGCUGCGGCAGCCUCGGAUAGUCUUGAUAGACUAUUUCCGGGUGGAAGAAUAGCCGAGGGUGCCAAUAGAAAGAAUGUGAUAGAUUUCAUAAACAGCGUUAGGAACCUACAUCAAGAAACUACAAUAUUCUUGAACACCAAGACAUAUAAUUUGGAUCCACAGCUACAAGAGGACUUAGAGGACAAACUAAGCACGGGUCUGCACGGUGUCGAUACAGAGCUAAGGAAAGUCAUUAACAUAGAAGGUGUCGGGUGUGAGGACGAGGCUGACAAGAGAAAGGGCAAGUCGAAACAACCAAUGGUUACCAAAAUUAAGAAACCCACCAAGAAAGAACUAAAGGAAUUUGAAAAGCGGUAUACAUACAUGCAUGCUGCAGAUUAUAACCAGGAAGCUUCCUUACGACUGGGCUUAGUGCGGACUUGGGGAACUGAAGACGUAGGAGCCUGGUUAGAUGAUUUAUCACUGGGUGAAUACAAAGAAAACUUCAUCAGACAUGACAUAAGGGGUUCAGAGCUGCUCACCCUUGAAAGACGAGAUUUGAAGGACCUUGGCGUAACCAAAGUGGGUCACAUGAAGCGAAUAUUACAAAGCGUGAAAGAUAUUCAUCAACAAGAAAGAAUGGCAAUCUAUGCUAGUCAUCUCCCAAGUCCGUAAAUACACGGAGAAAAGAACGAUGCCCAAAAGUGACUUUAAAAAACCCAUGUCAAAAUAAGAUGAUGGCUUAGAAUUGUUUCUAACAUUCCCUGGAAAGAGAGUGAAGCCUGGAAAAGUAUUUUGAACAAGAUUUGUGAAGAGACUAAAAGUGUUUUUAUCAUACCCUGGAAAGGGGCUGAAUCCUGAAAGCAUGUUUCUAACAAGCUCUGGAAAGAGGCUGAAACCAAAAUGCAUUUCUUACAUACCCUAGAAAGAGGCUGAAGCCUGAAAGAGUUUCAAACAUUACCUCCUGGAAAGUGGCUAUAGCCUAAUUAUGUUUCUGACAGGCAAGCUUGGAACAAGAUUAAUUGUUUAACA